AGGCAGCGGCUACAGAAGGAAUGAUGGCGUCCUCGGCUGUCCGCCGCUCCUCACGCUGGAUUACAGUAAUUGUGUCCUCUGGACGUGUCAGGGCCGCCGGUGCUGCUGUCUGCUUCGGUCGUGGAGGUGUCCGCAGUGUCUCUACGCUGGGAGCGGAAAAAUUAUGGCGGGGAGGAAGCUCGGUGUGUGUUGGAGCAGGGAAAGCGUUGACAUUGAGAGGGCUGUCAGGCAUCAAAUCACCCAAUGCUGUCUGCACACUGUCCUUCCACACAAGUGCCCCCGUCAGCAGCAAGCAGGACUACUACCAGAUCCUCGACGUGCCUCGCACUGCGACCCAGAAAGAGAUCAAGAAAGCCUACUACCAGCUGGCCAAAAAGUACCACCCUGACACCAACAAAGACGACCCACAAGCCAAGGAGAAAUUUGCUCAGCUGGCUGAAGCUUAUGAGGUCCUGAGUGAUGAAGGAAAGAGGAAGCAGUAUGAUGCGUAUGGCUCAACAGGCUUUGAUGCUGGUCAGGCUAGUGGAGGGCACCAGUACUGGUCUGGACAGUCCAGCAGCGUGGACCCAGAGGAGCUCUUCCGUAAGAUCUUUGGGGAAUUCUCUGGAGGCCGUGGCUUUGGAGACUUCAACGCCAUAUUUGAGCAGCCGCAGGAGUACAUCAUGGAGCUGACGUUCACUCAGGCAGCAAAGGGAGUCAACAAAGAGUUUUCUGUUAACGUAGAAGCAACCUGCCAACGCUGUGAUGGUAAAGGCCACGAGCCUGGUACCAAAGUCCAGCACUGCCACCACUGCAACGGCUCCGGCAUGGAGACGGUGAAUACAGGACCGUUUGUGAUGCGCUCCACGUGUCGUCGCUGUGGAGGCAAAGGCACAGUCAUUUCAACACCCUGUCAGUCCUGCCGUGGGGUGGGGCAGACCAAGCAGAGGAAGAAUGUGAUGGUUCCUGUGCCUGCAGGGGUGGAGGAUGGCCAGACAGUCAGAAUGCCAGUCGGCAAGAAGGAGAUCUUCAUCACAUUCAGGGUCCAGAAAAGUCCCGUGUUCAGGAGGGACGGUGCAGACAUCCACUCUGAUCUUCUUGUCUCCGUGGCACAAGCUAUCCUGGGUGGCACGGCCAGGACACAGGGCCUUUAUGAAACACUAAACUUAUCAAUCCCUGCAGGCAUCCAGACAGAUCAGAGGAUCCGAUUGUCAGGGAAGGGGAUUGCUCGUAUCAGUGGCUACGGCUUCGGAGACCAUUAUGUACAUGUCAAAAUAAAAGUACCCAAGACACUGACAGACAGGCAAAGAGCUCUGCUAAUGAGCUACGCUGAGGACGAGACAGAUGUGGAGGGGACAGUGAAUGGAGUCACUAACACCACCACAGGUAAAAGGUCAUCCUGGAACUGAGAAGCUUUGUCAGUAAAUCAGAGGGCAGAAGGGAGGACAGCGCAAAGCAAGCACAGCCACAUUAUAAAGGGACAGGUGGUUGAGGAGUAUUGGGUGUCGGAUGAGGCCUGCAAAGGUUUUGGAGGGAUCAAUUUGGACCCACCUACACAGCCCUGCAGUGAACAAGACGGAGGAUCAUCUUCUCUGUUCUUCUGCUGAGGGCAGUCCACACAAGAGGAUGUUCCACUGCGCUAAUCACCUCUUCAGUCAGACGUCCAUUGAUGCAACAAAGACUUCUCAUGAACAUAGCAGUUGGUGCAUGUUGGAUUUCUGUUGAUCCCCUCAAAAAACUAUAACGAUAACAGAAUUCAUGUGCGUAGAAAUAAAUUAUUGACAAAGAGUACAGAUUCAGUCACAAGUUUCAUUUGGGAUUAAAUCAACCUCCUGUCAUUAAUCAUUUUGUUUUGUAUACUUUGUACACAGUGCUUAAAUUUCCUCCUCAGUUCUCAGCAGUGCUGUCAGUCCUAACAGGUUGACUACAUGUUUACCUUUUCGUUUAAAUGUUGGACAGUGUGGAGGUGUGUCUGUAGUGGAAAGUUAAACUUUGGCUCGGGCUUUCCUGAACUGUGAAAACUAGUGAACUCUGUUCCUCUUUUAACCCUUUACAUUAUGCGAGAGAAUUCUGCACCUUCAUUACAUUUGUACAUAGGUAGUUGUGGAUCAUAUAGAUGCAUCAAUGUGUCACAUAGAAGAGAUAUACUGGACAUCUAUAAUAAAGCAAUGGUCUAGGAAAAGCCUCUAAGAGUGUAUUGACUCUGUCCAGACCAGUGGUUCCCAACUGGUGCAGCCACGGGGUCCAGAUUUCUCCUUCGUCAUUAGUUCAAAGUCCACGCUUGGACAUGUCAUCAAGCUAGUUUGCUGUCUCUGUCAAGUAGCUGUCCAUAAGUCACUUACUUAAAAGCAGGAAAGGGCACUUCAAAGUAAAAGCUCUGCGCUAGAAAUUCACUGUAUUUAAGAAUAAAAUGUGUUUUUUAAAAACUUAAUACAUUUGCAAGUCACUUGCUGUCCAUUCAGAAUGGACUUGCAACCCACUUUUGGACCAUGACCCAUCAUUUUGGAACCACUGGUCUUGACAUUAAUAAACAUUUAUGUAUGUUUUGCUCAUUCUUAUUUAGGUAGAAUAUAAUGCAAUCCAAAACACCAGUAAACUGCCAGAGCAUUAGAAAUAAGGUAGAAUAGAUUAGCUGUUAAUGUGUAAUGUUAUAUAAUAAACUCGCCUGCAUUUUUACAUUUGAAUAAAUCUAUUACCUUUAUUUUAAAA